AUGGACGAACUCUUGGAUCGAGCGCUGCGAAAGAUCGCCCCGGAUGGGCGGAAACUGGGUGGCGAGGAUUCGAUGAGGGUCCGUGCGGGUCAGCCACCGGGUCAGACCAAGGAGCACGAUCAAGGGCGGUUUCCAUGUAAUGCACCAGAAAGGCAGAAGAGGCUCCAAUGCAGGAUGCAGAAUGGGGUGCACCAUCCAGAAACGCAGGGGACCGCGAAGAUGCAAGGCGGCGCCGAGACUGUGGCCCAGGGCAUUACGGGGGCGCGCAUUUUAAAGAGCGGGGCCAUUGAAUUGCGCACGACGCUGUUGGUCGCGGGUUUUCUGAUUGGUCCAGGUGGCAGUUCGAUUCGAGACAUCGUGGCAAGGACAGGAGCGGAAAUCUCCUCGUGGAGCAUCAAGAAGUCUGCCGCACCAGCAAAGGAGAGGCUGCGUGUUUUUGUAAUCGGGGGCUCCCCAAAAGCGGUCAGGGAGGCCGUCGCCAUUUUCCUCGGCGCUGUGUCUCGAUACAAGGACCUUGUGGAGGGGAAACAUGCAGGCUACAUGGUUGACGUCCUGCAGCCCGUUGCGGGGGUCGAAUUCGUCUACCUGCCGCCACCCAAGAACAGGGUGCCCCACGCCGCGGGCGCCAAGCUGCCGUGCCUCUGA